AUGCAGUUGGGAAAACCCUAUUUGCCGCACAAUAUGUUAAAUAGUGGGACCUUCGCACAGGUGACCAAGACUGGGCCAGACCGGUACGGUAAUGGAAUAUCUGUAAAAUGCCUCAUCUACAAUGCCACCGGUGCGACUCUGAGCUUGGCUACCUACAGCGAUUGGCACGGGCAUAUCUAUGAUACACCCUACCCAUCAGAUAUUCAGAAUGGGCAGUGGGGGGCAUUUCUCCACGUCCACCCACGUGGAGCUGCGGCUGGUUCAGCUGGUGCCGUUGUGUAUCGUACCAAGCUACCCUCCGGCGACGACGGCUCCUGCGAUUGGUUGUUCAGCAACGGGGCGUACACCGAAAUCCGUGAGGAAGACCACUACCCAAGUGUUGGAAGCUGGGAUUUCAUCUACAAUGAGAAGCUGGAAAAUUCAAAUGCCAACUCUACUGAUGACAACUAUGGAUAUGUUUCCAAGACUGACAUCGGUGAAGGCAGUACCAUGAACGCCCCUGGAGUUUUCCAGUUUCCCUACUAG